UAAGUAAUGUAAGUGUACAUAUCUUUGUCACAGAAAAAGCCAAAAUAUUCAGCAACACGCCGACUGCAUUUGAAGUCCAAACUGCUGAAGAAGGCAGCUUCUAUGCUGGUGGCUGAAAGUGAAGAGAAGAAACAUGAGAAAGAAAGAGCUGUGAACGAGUGCUUCCCUCCUUUGAAGCUGUCAGGUCUGUCAGUCCAGGAGCUGCAGGAUCUUUGUAGAGAACUACAUCAUAAGAUUGAUGUUGUAGAUGAAACACGGUAUGAUAUGGAGCUCAAGGUAGCCAGAAAUGAGAAAGAGAUCCAGACACUGACUCAAAAGAUCUCUGACCUGAAGGGUGUAAAGCGACCGAACUUGAAGAGGGUUAAGAAAACGACAGAGGACAUGCUGGGUGCAUGCACCGACACCUCAAAACUCAUGAAGGCUGAUUUCAAGGCCAACCUUAAGACAGUGAAGAAAGAAGAAGAAAAGAGGGAAGAAGUGACUGACUGGCGUAAGAACGUGGAGGCCAUGUCUGGUAUGGAGGGCAGAAAGAAGCUGUUUGAUGCCGGACAAUAAGAAGAAUUACUGUCCAAAUACAAGAAGGUUUCCAUUACAGGAUGAAACAAAACUGGUUUUGUAAAGAAUGAUAUUAACUAUAGACACGUGUAAAAGACUAGAUAAAUGCACUAUUUAGAUUAUACUGUAUUAAAACAUCUUUAAUUUUCAUUUAAUAUAAACCUGUAUGUAAAGACUACUACUGAAUGUGAUAAUAUAAACUGUAUAAUAUGCAGUAUCCUUAGCAUAUUGAAAUUGUGUUAAAGAAAGGGCUGAUUAGCUUUAUGAGUUAGUGCAGUAUCUAUAUUAUACAGAUGAUGGCACUGUCGCACUAUGUGUAAUACAUGUGAUGCUGAUUAAAUGACCAUGAUCACUUGA